CCUUCCUGAGGAAAGGGCUAGGUGUAAUAAAAGCCGUCAGGGUGAGGACUUGCAGGUCACCUCCGAUGCCUCCCCAGUGCUGGAGAGACAGAACUGGGGAGCUGCAGUCUGCCUCAGACUGGUGAGAAGGGGGGAAUAAAGAGGAAGAGCGGGUGUGCGGAAACAAAACGCCCCAAUGCUGCUGUGGCCGGGCUGCAUCCCCAGCGAGCAGGUAUAAGGAAAUGCUAGAUCUAGUGAUAUCACCCAGCCUGACUGUAAAUAGAGAGUGCCCUGACAGACUGAAGCUUAACCUUUCUAACAUUUAUGCCACGGCUCCAGAUGACAUAGAAGGCAGCAGCAAAGCAGCACCACAGUGUCCUCUCCAUCUGUACUCCAGAAAACAUUAUCCCCAUAUAGUGACAAUCCCAUCUUUCCCAACAAUGGCAACAUAUGGACAGACUCAGUACAGCACGGGAAUCCAGCAGGCUGCUGCAUACACUGCCUAUCCUCCUCCAGGGCAGCCCUAUGGCAUACCCUCCUACAGCAUUAAAACAGAGGACAGCCUGAGCCAUUCCCCAGGACAGAGUGGGUUUCUUAGCUAUGGAUCCAGCUUCAGUACCCCGACUGCUGGACAAGCACCGUACACGUACCAGAUGCAUGGCACAACAGGGAUUUACCAGGGAGCCAAUGGCCUGACAAAUUCUGCAGGAUUCAGUGCUGUGCAUCAGGAAUAUUCAUCAUAUCCAAGCUUUCCUCAAAGCCAGUACUCACAGUAUUACAGCUCCUCCUACAACUCUCCGUAUGUGUCUGCAAACAGCAUCAGCCCCUCAGCCAUCCCAACCUCCGCUUACUCUCUGCAGGAGUCUUCUCACAAUAUCACCAGUCAGAGCACAGAAUCGCUGUCUGGGGAAUAUUCAACAACACCAGCAAAAGACACAGAAACAGACAGACAUCACAGAGGGUCAGAUGGCAAGGUACGAGCCCGGUCAAAAAGAAGCAACGAUCCUUCCCCUACUGCUGACAGUGAGAUUGAGCGUGUGUUCGUGUGGGAUUUGGAUGAAACGAUAAUUAUUUUUCACUCCUUACUCACGGGAACCUUUGCAUCCAGAUAUGGGAAGGACACUACAACAUCUGUGCGGAUAGGUCUUAUGAUGGAAGAAAUGAUCUUCAACCUUGCAGAUACACAUCUGUUCUUCAAUGACCUGGAGGACUGUGACCAGAUCCACAUAGAUGAUGUAUCAUCAGAUGACAAUGGUCAAGAUCUAAGCACAUACAACUUCUCUGCAGAUGGCUUUCACAGUUCAACUGCCAGUGCAAAUCUGUGUCUGGGCUCAGGUGUUCAUGGGGGAGUUGACUGGAUGAGGAAAUUAGCAUUCCGCUACCGUCGGGUGAAAGAGAUGUACAACACCUACAAAAACAAUGUAGGGGGUUUAAUAGGAGCUCCUAAGAGAGAAACCUGGCUGCAGUUAAGAGCAGAACUCGAAGCGCUGACUGAUCUCUGGCUCACACAUGCUCUGAAGGCACUGAAUUUGAUACAUUCCCGGCCUAACUGUGUGAAUGUGUUGGUCACCACAACUCAGCUUAUACCAGCUCUCGCUAAAGUGCUUCUCUAUGGACUGGGUACUGUCUUCCCCAUUGAAAACAUUUACAGUGCAACAAAAACAGGAAAAGAGAGCUGUUUUGAAAGAAUAAUGCAAAGGUUUGGAAGGAAAGCCGUGUACAUUGUAAUAGGAGAUGGUGUUGAAGAGGAACAGGGAGCAAAAAAGCACAACAUGCCAUUCUGGAGAAUCUCUUGUCACGCUGACCUGGAAGCUCUUCGGCACGCCUUGGAACUUGAAUAUUUGUAGCAGACCCCAACAUCUUAGCACUGUGAGGGCUUCACUCAAACUAUUACAUCGGUUCCACCUAUUCCUCAACAUUUUCUUAGUAAAAAAACAAAAUCCCACAGCAACUGCAGUUUUUCUUUUUUUUGAAGGAGAACCCUUUCAGUGGAAGCCUUUAAGAACUUGCAGCCAAAGAACAUUGUGUCAAGUCCUUCUUCCUUUGGACAGAGGAAAAGCCUUCAGAUAACUCGCUGGGGAUCCUGCAGUUACGUGGUUAAGCCGGAUGCAUAGAGCUGUAACUGCCUUUUUGCCAUCAAUGACAAACACUAGAAGUCUUGGGUCUACUUGUCAGUUUUCUUGCUUUUGAAAGGGGAAGAGGACAUAGUAAGGAGUCUCUGCACAGUACAUGACAUCACAUGGGACCUUCUGAAAAUAAGAGUGAAACUGUUGAUUUUUUUUGUAUUUUUUUUAAUUUAUGAACUAAUCUCAUUAUUCUGGUAUUAAGCUCUGUACCUGUGUUUUUAAUCUGGCUUUUUGUGGUGGGUGGGUGGGUAAAGUCUUACCAUUCUAAAUUAAUAGUUCAUUUCUCCAGAACAAACUCUGGGGAAAAUCAUAUUGUGUACAUUAAUAACGACACAUGGUACUGUUGGUAAGAACUAUAGCUGUGUUUUUAAAUCUUACAUAGAUGGUAUGUGGACUGUGCAUGUGUCUACACGGUGCCUUAUGCUGCCAUCUUGGUUUUGGGGGUUGGGGGUGGGGAAAAAGUACCUUGUGAUGAGUGAAAGGCAUUAAAUAAAAACAUGUUUACAUUUUGGGGGACUAGAUUACCUGCCUUCUCUUCUCUCCAGCCCCUCUUGGAUCUAGAUGUACACGUAGAAUACAUACUCCCUGUUUCAAGGCGGGGUGAGACUAGAAGGACUCUGAACAGAGCCUCUUGGGUGCAAAAUGGAGUCUGUAGCCAGCUAUUCUGUCUGUUGAUGGGACAAAGACUGAAGACAGCGACUGUGUCCACUGGGAGAGAACGUGGGCACUCAGCAAAUCUAACUUGUCCUGCAAAGGAAGAUAAAGGGCAAGCAAAUACUGCAGUUGCGUAUAUUUAUUUUUAUGUAAAUAAAUGCAUCUACAAGUAAGUUUCAACAUUAGAA